AUGGUCAACUCACUUCCGUUUGGCGGCCAACAGGUCCCUGUCCCCGGCUUUGGUGCCAUGGGUCUAAGUGCUGCCAUGGGGUCCGAUAUGAACCUCGAGCAGGCCGAGCCAGUCCUCUUGAAAGCGGUCCAGCUUGGCUGCACGUUUUGGGAUACAGCGGUUGCCUACAAGAGUGGCGCAAACGAGAAGCUGCUUGGGGACUUCAUUAAGAAGCAUAAUGUCCGUGAUAAGCUUUUUGUGGCGUCCAAAUGCGGAUUUGAUGUGUUCGGACCUGUCCCAGCAGUGACCAACUCAGCAGCUCACAUCAAGGAAUAUAUCGAGGGGACAAUUGAUAGGCUCGGUUUCACUCCUGAUCUCUAUUAUCUCCACAGAAUCGAUCCCAAUACUCCCCUCGAGGAGUCCAUUGGCGCCCUAGAGGAACUCCGCCGCGCUGGAAAGACCAAAUACAUUGGUCUAUCUGAAUGCUCUGCUGAGACCUUGCGCAAGGCAAACUCGAUCGCCAAGAUCGAUGCCAUUCAAGCUGAGUACUCGGCCUUCGAGACAUUGCACGAGACCAAUGGCCUUAUCGAGACAGCUAAGGAAUUGGGUGUGGCAUUUGUGGCAUUCAGCCCGUUGGGACACGGCUGGCUCGUGGAUGACUUCCAGUUCAAGUCCCCCGAUGACUUUGCGCCUGAUGAUUUCCGACGCACUGUCCCCAAGUUCCAGGGCGAAAACUUCUAUAAAAACAAGGCCAUCGUGGACGAGAUCAAGCAAUUGGCCACAGCAAAGGGCUGCACGGUUGCACAGAUCGCGCUAGCUUGGGUUGCUGCGCAGGGGUUGAUUACUAUCCCAGGCACGACCAAGGCCUCGCGCCUGGAAGAAAAUUGGGCAUCUCGAGAUGUCGUGCUGACGGACGAGGAGUUGAAGGCGAUGCGAAAGAUUGUGGACGACGCGAAGCCGGUUGGAGAGAGGUUCUCUGCCGUCUUCCAGUCGAUGGUCGGUCACUAG